UUAUAAGGGCAGCCACUCCCACUCACAUCGAGCUUUCCAUCGACUCACAUGCUCAUCAGUCAUCACACACACUCCUUGUAGCUAGCGAGCUCUCACUCUGUGCCAGUAAGCCAGCUGAUCAGCCGUCGCCAUGAGCAAGGGCAAGGAGCACCACGACUGGAUCCUCCGGCGGUGCUGCGGCUCCAUCGCCGCCUGCAUCCUCACGCUCGCCGUCGUCGUGGGGUUCGUCGUGCUCGUCAUCUACCUCGCCCUGCACCCCUCCAAGCCGUCCUUCUACCUCCAGGACAUCCAGCUCCGCUCCAUCGACCUCGCCGACCCGUCUAUCUCCCUGGACGUCCAGGUGACGAUCGCGUCCCGGAACCCGAACGACCGCGUGGGCAUCUACUACAAGACCCUGCACGCCUUCACCACUUACCGCGACGAGCCGGUGACGAUCCCGGUGUCGCUGCCGGCGAUCUACCAGGGCCACAAGGACCAGUCGGUGUGGUCGCCGGUGAUGUCUGGCGACUCGGUGCCCGUGGCCCCGUACGUGGCGGACGCGAUGAAGCAGGACAUCGGCGCCGGGUACGUGCUGCUGCACGUCAAGGUGGACGGGCGCGUCAAGUGGAAGGUCGGCAGCUGGGUCUCCGGCGGCUACCACCUCUUCGUCAACUGCCCCGCGCUGCUCUCCGCCACCGGCGGCAACGCCGGCGGCGCCUUCUCCAUGAGCGCCGCCACCGCCGGCGGCGGGAGAAACGGGACAAUGGUCUCGCUCAAGUUCACGCAGCCCUCGUACUGCACCGUCGACGUGUAGGCUCCGGCCGUCGCCGAUGGGGUUCGUUCGUAAGCAGAGUACGGCGACGUUCAGAGCGAGCGACAGGUGGAUCGGCCGGUGCGAUCGAUCGUUUGCAGGAGUAAUCUUGUAGAGUAGCAAUCACGGUAUAGUGUAUAAUUAUCAAUUUCCUUUAGCCUGUUUUGAAUCUGUGCAGAAUAAUGCUGCUACUACUUUAUGUAUACAUGGUAUAAUUUAUCAUUAGUACGUGGGUAUCCAUUUUGUUGUUGGACAAA